GAGGGCGCUUGGGAGAAACCUCGUCCAGCGGCGAUAGAUUAGUCAGGCCUCAGAAAGAUGGCGUCCUCGGAGCAGGCAGAACAGCCGAGCCAGCCAAGCUCUACUCCCGGAAGUGACAAUGUGCUGCCUCGAGAGCCGCUGAUUGCUACAGCAGUGAAGUUUCUACAGAAUUCCCGGGUCCGCCAGAGCCCCCUUGCGACCAGGAGAGCAUUCCUUAAGAAGAAAGGGCUGACAGAUGAGGAGAUUGACUUGGCUUUCCAGCAGUCGGGCACUGCGGCCGAUGAGCCUUCGUCCCUGGGCCCAGCCACCCAGGUGGUUCCCGUCCAGCCCCCUCACCUCAUUUCUCAGCCAUACAGCCCUGCAGGUUCCCGAUGGCGAGAUUACGGUGCCUUGGCCAUCAUCAUGGCAGGGAUCGCAUUUGGCUUUCACCAGCUCUACAAGAAGUACCUGCUCCCCCUCAUCGUGGGCGGCCGCGAGGACAGGAAGCAGCUGGAGAGGAUGGAGGCCAGUCUCUCCGAGCUGACUGGCAGCGUGGCCCAGACAGUGACUCAGUUACAGACCACCCUCGCCUCCGUCCAGGAGCUGCUGAUUCAGCAGCAGCAGAAGGUCCAGGAGCUCGCCCACGAGCUGGCUGCCGCCAAGGCCACCACAUCUACCAACUGGAUCUUGGAGUCCCAGAACAUCAACGAACUCAAGUCGGAAAUUAACUCCUUGAAAGGGCUUCUUUUAAACCGGAGGCAGUUCCCUCCGUCCCCCUCGGCCCCGAAGAUCCCCUCCUGGCAGAUCCCGGUCAAGUCGCCGUCGCCCUCCAGCCCCGCGGCUGUGAACCACCACAGCAGCAGCGACAUCUCGCCGGUCAGCAACGAGUCCACGUCGUCCUCGCCCGGGAAGGAGGGCCACAGCCCUGAGGGCUCCACCGUCACCUACCACCUGCUGGGCCCCCAGGAGGAGGGUGAGGGCGUGGUAGACGUCAAGGGCCAGGUGAGGCUGGAGGUGCAGGGCGAGGAGGAGAAGAGGGAGGACAAGGAGGACGAGGAGGACGAGGACGACGACGUGAGCCACGUGGACGAGGAGGACUGCCUGGGGGUGCAGAGGGAGGACCGCCGGGGUGGGGACGGGCAGAUCAACGAGCAGGUGGAGAAGCUGCGGCGACCCGAGGGUGCCAGCAAUGAGAAUGAGCGGGACUAGGGCCCCCGCCUGCCUCUCCCCGCGAUGGCGGCCCUGGGAGGUGGCCUGGGGCCAGGCAGGGGCCGGAGCUGUCGACAGCGCACUGCGGUCGGCGGCGGUGUUCGGGGUCGCCGUGCUGUCCAUGGCCCCCUCUCGCCUGCCCGCCAGCCCCAGCCUGCCACGUCCUAGCCCAGCCCCUGCCAGCCCCUCUCCCAGACAGGCAUCCCGUCCAGGGCGUGUUUGCUGCGUGUCUUGACUACCGUGACACCGCGCAUGGCCAGAGCUAGUGUCCGCACCUGCCUCCCGGCUCCUCGGUGGACGAGGAGCUGUGGCCCCUCUGGUGUCCGCCAUCUCCCCCGCCCGGCCCUGUGCCCGAAGCCUGGGCGCCUGUCCCCAGCCCCAGCUGUGUCCUGUUGUCCUCCCAGACAAACGAAACCACCCUGCACUUGUGCCCGCCCCCGUUGCCGAGUAACGGCCCAGCUAGUCCCGAGACAGGCUGGGCACUGGGGCCUCUUGACCAACGGCCACCUCUGUCCUUCCUGCCAGGAGGCACAUGUUCAUCUGUGUGAUCAUGUAUAGAUUUCGGAUUAUAAGAUAGGACUGUAUAUAAUUGUAAUAAAUACGAGUUGCCACUAUUUAA